ACCAAAAAUAAAAGAAGAUAAUUAGUCUUUAUAAAAUGGCAAAUUGAUUGAAAGAAAUGGAGAAUAGCUAGCUAGCUUUUGAGAAUGCAUAGUUCUGCCACUUAUAGCGAGCAUGUAGCAUGUAGGAGGUACGUAGAUCGUUGGCAUGACUAACAUUUUUUUUUUGGGUAAAGCAUGGCUAGCAAAUGUGAACAUCGAAACAAUUGUGCCUGGAGCAAAUAUGGAACGGUCUCGGGAGAUGCACAUAUCACGCCCCAAUGUACACUAUCUAAAGUCUGUAGUCGUUGGGUGGAGGCUCUCCUAUAUGAGGCCUAAUCUUGGAGGUCAUCAUGAUGUUCUUCAUAGGUUCGGUACGUCUCAAACUGAGUUGCUAAUAUUUGGUGACUAAAGUAAUUUCCAGUAAUUGGGAUAUGUUUAAUAAUUGAGAUCAGUCUAAUGGUUUCAUGCAUGAUUAUAAAACUACAUGGUAUAUGUUAGCUUUGAAAGCAAAAUUAUGAUUAAAGAUGAAUUAAAAAUGAAUUCAUUGUUUGUUUUCUUUUAGAGUAUCUUCAAUCUAUUUUAAUAUAUUUCUCUAUAAUAACAUUUAGAACAAAAUAUACUCAGUUAUCUAUAUAUUUAUUAUUAUUUUCAAUUUAAAAUAAAAAUUGCUAUUUUUCUCUGCAAAUAAAUAAAGAAAUAGCAUUUUCUAUGUUUAUCUAGUUAUAGAUAUGCUAUUUCAGGGGAAUACGCAUUGGAGAUGAUUUUAGUUAUGCAUGGUCUUUUAAAGUUUUUUUUUCCAAAGGAACAAGAAGAUUAAAGGAAAUUAGAAAAAAAAUACUGAACAUAAAUGUAUGUAAAGAAAUUAUAACAAAAAGAUAAAGAAGGCAAAAAGUGAUUUUGUACGAAGGAAAUAGAAUUUUGACUAGAAAGUAAAGGGGAGCUCUUGGGUAGGUAACCACGUUUAUAGAUUACAUGUAUAUCGAAAUUCCGUUGGUAUAUGUCGUCAAUUUUAAUCUAGAAACAUUACAUCAGCAGUUCAUUAACAAUGCCCAUAAUUUAUCUCUAGAACAAAUAAAUGAACUUAAUAACGUAAUAUAAUUGAAAUGUUUUCAGUAUUUGAAUUCAGGAAGUAACGUUUUACCAAACCUUGUUGCUUUUCUCAUCUUCUUGUCAAAUAAUCAUCUGUUCCCUUGUUUUUUUUUAUCUUUUUUUUUUGGCAAGGUAGCAUAUUUCCAGAUUCUAACUCUGAAACAUUUUCAUAUUUAUAUGAUAUUUACAUUCCUAUAAAAAAACCUUGUUGCUUUUAUUUGAUGAUUGUUUUUUUUUUCGUUUCUUGAUGUGAAUAUGUAAUACACGGAUCCAUUUUGAAGAUCUAUAUGUAUAUAUUUUUUCAACGAAUCUUAUUGUAAGAAGAGUUCAUAAAUUAUAUAACUACCGUAUACUAAUAUGUUACUAUAAUCAUCAAGUUGCACUAGCUAGUUGCUGCAGCUGUACAAGCUUGUCAGGGGAUGGGAGAUAUGAUGUCUUUUAAAAUGUAUAUGGUUUGAUCAUUGGAAGCUUAAGUAAUCUGAUAUAUUUUAAAGUAAUCUUUAAUCAAGCGAAAAACUCAGGAGACGUAGUUUUGUUUCAUGUAAAAAUACCAGUAGGUAUACAUACCCUUUAUCAAAAAAAAAAUAUACCAGUAGGUUACGUUACAUGUACUUUCCGGUUUUAGUAAUUUUAUCCGCUUUUAAUGAGGAACACUGGAUAUGUUUACAAGAACAAUAAUGGAAAAAGUUAGAGGCAUGGAGUAAUCGAAGGAUAAUCACGUAAACCAGUAAAUGCAAACCCUUCAAACGCCAACCAAAAUUAAAGGAAAAAUUAAAACAUUGAAAAUAUUUUCUGAAAAAUAUAUAUUCUUGGCUUAACAAUAAAUCUAGGUUUCUUUCACACUUUUCAGAUUUUUUUUUGUUGCACGAAACUUUGGAGAAUGCUCAUAAUCGAAUCAAGAAAAUGGAUCCAAAAAUGUUGUUCUGUCUACCGGAAGGAGAUGCAUUGUUUAAUCCACUCAAUACAAUGUUUAUUCAAAUGGCUUGCAUUCUCGUCUUCUCUCAGUUCUUCUAUCUCUUCCUUAAACCCUGUGGCCAAGCUGGUCCCGUUGCUCAAAUUCUCGCUGGGAUUGUAUUGAGUUUGCUCACAAUAAUCCAAAAGGUCCACGAUUUCUUCCUCCAAAAAGACUCAGCAAGCUAUUACAUCUUUUUCUCAUUUCUUUUACGAACAUGUUUCAUGUUCUUGAUCGGUCUCGAACUUGAUCUUGACUUUAUGAAACGAAACUUGAAGAACUCCAUUGUCAUAACCUUAGGCUCCUUAGUCUCUUGUGCCAUCAUCUGGAUCCCUUUCCUCUGGUUCCUCGUUCGUUUUCUACAUAUCAAAGGGGACAUCUUAACGUUGUACGUAGCCUUCCUGGUUACCUUAUCGAACACGGCAUCUCCUGUGGUCAUCCGCUCAAUCAUUGACUGGAAACUCCACACAUCUGAGAUCGGAAGGCUAGCGAUAUCCUGCGGAUUGUUCAUCGAGAUGACCAACAUUUUCAUCUACACUAUGGUCAUUGCUUACAUCUCCGGGAAAAUGACAGGAGACAUCUUUGCCUACACAUUUGCCACGGUUGUUAUAAUUUUCAUCAAUAGAUUCUUAGCUUCAUGGCUCCCCAAAAGAAACCCUAAAGAGAAGUACCUCUCCAAAGCUGAAACGCUCGCUUUUUUCAUCCUUAUUCUAAUAAUUGCGUUAACCAUUGAGUCCAGCAACAUAAACUCAACUGGUUUCGUGUUCUUGAUUGGACUAAUGUUUCCAAGAGAAGGUAAAACUUACAGAACGAUGAUCAACCGGCUGAGUUACCCGAUUCACGAGUUUGUUCUUCCGGUUUACUUUGGUUACAUCGGGUUUAGAUUCAGCGUCCACUCUCUAACCAAACGUCAUUACCUAGUCCUCUGUAUGAUAGUGGCUUUAAGCAUGGUAGCGAAGCUUCUAGGAGUCUUAUGUGCAUGUUUAUUCCUUAAGAUCCCAAAGAAGUAUUGGCUUUUCUUGUCUACGAUUCUCUCAGUUAAAGGUCAUAUUGGUCUGGUCCUCCUCGACUCAAACUUGACCUACAAGAAAUGGUUUACUCCGAUAAUUCAUGAUAUGCUCAUUGCGACACUGGUGAUCACGACUUUGUUAAGCGGAGUAAUAUCUUCUUUAUUACUUAGAACGCAAGAAAAGGGUUUCUCACACCAAAAAACAUCGCUUGAGUUCCACGAUACCAAAGAGGAGCUACGUGUGCUGACUUGCGUCUACGGUGUACGUCAAGCUCGUGGACUAAUCUCUCUAAUCUCUGCUCUAAAUGGAGCUUCUUCUUCACCUUUCACACCUUAUCUCAUGCACCUCAUACCCCUCUCCAAGAAGCGAAAAACUGAACUACUGUACCACGAACUAGACGUAGAUGGAGUGAACUCCACUGGAGGAGACGAUGAGUUUGGAACCAACGAAGGACUAGAGAUCAAUGACUCGAUUGAUUCAUUCACUAGAGACAGAAAGGUCAUGAUCCGGCAAGUGAAACGAGUAGCGCUGAUGCAGAACAUGCACGAAGAGAUCUGUAACGGGAGCGAAGAUCUUCGCGUCUCCAUCGUGUUUCUUCCGUUCCAUAAACACCAGAGGAUCGAUGGGAAAACUACAAACGACGGGGAAGCUUUUCGGGAUAUGAACCGGAAGGUGCUAAAGCAAGCACAGUGUUCGAUCGGUAUCUUUGUGGAUAGAAACAUAACAGGGUUUCGCCAGCUUCACGGGUUUGAGUCGGUGCAACACGUCGCUGCAUUGUUCUUUGGUGGUCCUGAUGAUCGUGAGGCUCUGUCCUUGUGCCAGUGGCUUAUCAAUAACUCUCAAAUUCACCUCACUAUCAUACAGUUUGUCGCGGAUGGCUCAGAGACAGAGAAUCUUGUCGGAGACGCGGUGACCAAAGAAAACAACGAUGUUUUAAUGGAGAUUGUUGGUAACGAUCAGACAAACGACGAAACUGAUCGAAGUUUCUUAGAGGAAUACUAUAACAGAUUUGUAACGACGGGGCAAGUUGGAUUCAUAGAGAAGCGAGUAAGCAACGGAGAGCAAACACUGACGAUUCUGAGAGAGAUAGGAGAGAUGUAUUCACUGUUUGUGGUGGGAAAACACAGAGGAGAUUGCCUAAUGACGUCAAGAAUGAACGAUUGGGAAGAGUGUCCGGAACUAGGAACGGUCGGAGAUUUCUUGGCUUCAUCAAAUAUGGAUGUAAAUGCUUCUGUAUUAGUAGUUCAAAGAUAUAGACACUCAUUUGAAAUCUUUGUGGAUGAAUAAAAAAAAAAAAAAAAACAAUAUUUCCAUCUUAUUUUUAACAGUUUCUUACAU